ACCAUCAUGUUAUCAUUGUUAAAUUCCAAUAAUUACUCGUUACUUGCAUUACCUUUAGCUUGGAUAAUUGGUUUCUUACCACACGCGUCUAAAAUCGUUAUUUGGUCAUCUUAUGGUUAUAAAUACAACAACGUACAACCACGUCAAAACACGCUGAAAGCUAACCAAAAUUUACCACCACACAAACAACUCCAAAUUCAAAGGUUGGAAGCGCUCCACCAAAAUGCACAUGAGACUUUCCCGUUAUUUGCUACUAGUUUGAUAUUAGCUAACAUUGCUAACUUGCAUGUUGUAACUCGUAACCACUUUGCAAUUUUCUUCAUUGCAACACGUAUCAUUUUUUCAUUAGCUUACGCAUUUCAGCAAUCACCAAGAUCUGCAGCACUUAGAACAGUUGCAUGGUUUGCCGGGAUCGCUGCUAACUUUUACAUACUUAUUAAAUCAGCAAAUGCUUUCGUAUAUGUUUAAUUUAACUAUCGAUUCAUUUAUUUAUUACUUUUAUAUCAUCAUCUAUCUUAAUUGGAUUGGUAUUCCAUAAACAACAACGGCUGAACCAGUGAGAUACUUUAGUCUACAGUCCUUACGCGAGCUUGCUAUUGCCUCUGUUAUUGUAAUACUAUCUU